AUGAAAACCGACAUGACAGACAUGAAAAAGGAACAGGGUAAAGUGGAAGAUCGUUCGAGACUGGCCAAACAAGAUUCUAAAACAAGAGUACGUCAAGAGCAGAGCGAGCAGAACUGUUCGAGCGAGAAUGAACACGAGUUCGAGUCGUUGGAAUACGAAGAAGACGUUUAUUAUUCAAACCUGACGGCCACGCCGAGUUUCGACGACAUCGACGAGCUUAGCGACGACGCAGAUGAGAUCGUUGUCCAUUGUUGGCGAAACUCGAACGGCGAUAUAGACGAGAUCGUGGUGGACGACGCUAAUCUCUCGAUAGAGACGGAGUUUUUGACACCAGACGCCGAGGACGGCGCCACCAGUCGCUGGCGAAGGAAAAGGAAAUCUGUCCGAGUGAUAUUUCAAGAUUUCUCAAAGCCAUAUCUGGCCAAAAUCAGUAGCAGCCGGAAUUACAAGAAGUUCCUCGAAUUGGUAAAAGGAGAAGAUGCAACUCUUAAUUCGGCCGGUUACAUCUCACCAACAUCGGAUAACGUGGUGAACGAGCUGCAAGGACUUUCUUUGGACGAGCAAAACCGUCAAAAGGCGGAAUGGAACGCGGAGCUGGCCAAGGUGGAAGAAGAAAUCCAAACCCUGAGGCACGUGCUGGCGAACAAGAUCAGAGUCUCUCAGGAGUUGAAGAGGAAGUUGGGCAUCAGCGUUUGGAAAGAGAUCACCGACGACAUGAAUCAAGGCUUGAAGAACGUUAAGGAGAGUCAAGUUUAUCAGAACGUCGGCGAGAAACUCGGUCAGUUCACCAAGGCGGUCUCCGAGAACACUUUAUUCCAGAAGACAGAGUCCGUGUUCAAGAGCACGGCUGAAAAGACGACCAGCAUUCUAGGUGGAUUCGGAAGCGGACUGUCCAUGAAACUCGGCCAGAUGCGCAAUUCCGACAGCUUUCGUUCGCUAGAGGAACGUGUUGGAUCUGCUUACGAGAAUGUGAAGACGAAAGUUGUGCCUUCAAGAUCAAGCUCCAUGCAGAGCUUCAACGACAUGCUACGAGAAACCGAAUCGUUACGUUCGGCACCAGCAGCGACCAGCCCUACCAUCCCGGAAGACAAGCUUCUGUCUUAGAGUUUGGCCUCUCGAAUUUCCAUCGAUUUCCGCCUCUUCUCAACGUAACACGCUGACGCGUCGAUCCACGAUGUCGAUGUUUCGCUCUAUGCUACCCACUAUCACUUUCUACCGCGUAUCGCUAUUAAUCAGGGCUAAGCGAUGAUGUUCAUGUACAAUCGAUCGUCUGUUAAAUUUUGUCGCGGAAAACGCCCGGCGACAAGUUGGCUUCGCAGAAACUCAGAUCAGUAUGAUAAUAUCAACGACACACUCGGAUAAUCUGGUAACGUCACAACGAAUGUGUUUCCUCGUGUGCACAAAAACUCGUAGGGCAUUGGACGUUGUUUCAAACCGAUUAAUCCAAAAACUUUCUCGCUUCAACUUCGUUUCUUUUUCUGUCUAUGUCACACCAGAUCGAUUUAUCGGAAUUUAUCGUGGGAAACAUAACUUGACUUUUUCAUUUUGCACACUUCUAUCUUUACAAAUUUUUAACUUACGCGUGGACAAAGAAAUUUUCUUCCUUUUUUAGUUUCUCUGGUAUAAGUGUAAAAACGUUUCGUUUCUCUGAAAUGUGCAGGAUCCUCUGUGUCGAUUAAACGACGCAGAGUUAAGUUUUUCUUUUCUUUUCUUUUAUAUGUUUGCGUUGCAGUGAAACUUUUACACGUUUCUGCCCCAAAUCAGGAGCAUGUUACCCAAGAAGGCGGCAAUUAAUUUUCUUACUUUUAUCGAACUUAUUUGCACUAUAGCGAUUUUUAUAACGCAUAAUACAAUAUACCGUUGACACGUACUUCAAUGUUCUGCGUUAUAAUUUCUUUUUGCACCGCGAAUUCAUGAAAGUAGGCACACCAUCCGCUUUCAACAGGUAUUUCACUCUGGUGACGCUUUCUCUUGGAGAUGCCGAUAAUCGUCCGAAAUAAAAAAGACACUUCUUUAUACUCGUACGAGACAGGAUUGAACGUUCUUUGGUAAGACUCGUGCUUCGACAAUACUUAUUCGUUGUUUUCAUGCGAUACGAGAAGCGUCGAUCCGAUAGCUUUGAUAACAGUUUCAACUCGUAGCGUUUGAUAUGAAAUUUCAGGGAUUCGUUUUACGCAGGACACGAUUAUGCGAAUUUCUGUCGAAUAUUCUUCGGGCACUAUGGAUUAUUCUGUGUAAUUGUAAAAAUUGUUUUAUAAUUGGUAUGAAUAAAAAGUAACACAACUGCUACGGCAACGAACAUUAUGUCGUUCUAUUCGACUCGAAAUUUUCAUCGUCGUAGUAAUUAACGGUCGAUUUUAACGUAAUCUUGUUACGUAGAAAAGCAAUUCUUGAUCGAGUGCACGAGCAAGAAUUGUAUUUCGCCCUGCAGAGUUUAUAAGGAUAAUACGGAUGAUUUGGAAAGAAUCACGAACGGAGGAACGAGGCUUCCCUGGUUUCGUGAUUCAUCAGCCUUACAAAAAUGGCUUUAAAAUUGCGCGAAAGGUUGUUUCAACUGCAGAUUAACCGCGAAAUAAAAGUAACAAUAUUUUUCACCCUAAAUUCUAUCUUCAAGCGUUGUAUGCUUGACAACUGCAUUAAUUUGUCGAAUUCGUUAAUUUAAGGAGCUGGAUAUGAAUACUACGAACUGUACCACUUGUUAGCUAUUUGUCAUCGAAACUCGAUCAAACUCCCUACGAAUGCGUCGUGAACCUGCGCUCAUAUCGUUAUCAACA